AUGGUUGCAUCCUCAGAUUUAAGUGCAGAACCUCUAACAACAUUGAACCUUGGUCAUAGAUUAAACAUCAUUAUGGAUGUUGCUUCUGCAUUACAUUAUCUUCAUCGAGAAUCAAGACUUGUCUCAGCCAUUUGUGGUACCACUCAUAAGAAUACUAGUACAACUGGAAUAAAAGGAACAAUUGGCUAUGCUCCUCUGGAGUAUGGGAUGGGUUCUGAAGUAUCUGCAUGUGGUGACAUGUAUAGCUUUGGAAUCCUUAUGUUGGAAAUGCUUACCGGUAGAAGACCCACUGAUCACGCUUUUGAAGAUGGUCAAAAUCUGCAUAACUUUGUUGCAAUAUCAUUUCCUGCUAAUCUUAAGAAAAUUUUGGACCCACAUCUUUUAUCAAGGGACGCAGAAGUAGAAAUGGAAGAUGGAAAUCUUGAGAAUCUUAUUCCAGCUGCAAAGGAGUGCUUAGUUUCACUUUUUAGGAUUGGACUUAUGUGUUCAAUGGAGUCACCAAAAGAAAGACUGAAUAUUGAGGAUGUAUGUAUAGAGCUUAGUAUAAUCAGAAAGGCCUUUCUUGCCGGUGAGAUAAACUGA